GGCCGACUCCGAGCGUGUCCGCGGUGCAAAGCCGUUCUGCAGAGAAGCGGAGGGGCCAGCGAUAGCAGCAGGGAGCGACGAGUAGGCGCUUGAGUGGAAAGCGGUGGAACAUUGCCGCGGCGGAGAUGUGCGCGGCGGGGAGGCGCUGGGGCCGGCGGCAGCGAGCUCUGCUCUGCGCCGUCCUGCUGGCGGCGUGGCAGGCGGCGUGGGGGCAGCUGCGCUACUCGGUGCCCGAGGAGAUGCCCAAGGGCUCCUUCGUGGGCGACGUGGCCAAGGACCUGGGGCUGCACCUGCCGGAGAUCCGCGAUCGCAGUGUCCGCAUUGUUACUGAAGGUAGGACGCAGUACUUUACUCUAAACGGGAAGAGGGGACAUUUAGUGACGGCGGCGAGGAUCGACAGAGAGCAGCUGUGCGAGAGUGUGCAGCAAUGCGUGCUGCGCUGUGAACUCAUAGUAGAAGGGGAAAUGAAAUUUUAUGAAAUUGAAGUGGAAAUCACGGAUAUUAACGACAACGCGCCGAGCUUCAAGGAAACUGAGCUGGAACAAAGAAUGAGCGAGACGUCACCAGUGGGGUCGCGGUUUCCCCUGGCCGAGGCUCAGGACCCAGAUUCGGGCCGGAAUUCCCUGCAGGGCUACGAGCUGAGCGGCGACAAGCACUUCUCGCUGGCCGUGCAGGCGGGCCCCGGCGGCGAUCAGCGUCCCGAGCUGGUGCUGGCCAAGGCGCUGGACCGGGAGGAGGCGGCGUUUCACGAGCUGGUGCUGAGGGCGAGCGACGGCGGCGAUCCGGCACGGACGGGCACGGCUCGGAUCCGCGUGACCGUGCUGGACGCGAACGACAACGCGCCCGUGUUCAGCCAGGCGGAGUACACGGUGCGUGUGCCCGAGGACGUGCCCGUGGGCUCUGUCCUCGUCACCGUCACGGCCACGGACAACGACGAGGGGGUCUUUGGUAACGUGAAAUACUUCUUUAAGAAAGUAAACGAGAAAGCAUCGAACACCUUCCAUCUUAACACUCUGACUGGAGCUAUCACGCUAUUGCGCAGCCUGGACUUCGAGGAAGGUGACACAUAUGAGAUGGAGGUGCAGGCACAGGAUGAUGGCGGCCUGUCUGACACUGCCGAAGUCACGAUAACUGUCACAGACAUAAACGAUAAUGUGCCGGUUAUUUCUGUGCGGUCAGCACUAGGUGAGAUUUCUGAGGACGCCCCUUCGGGGACGGUGGUGGCCCUGUUACACGUAAAUGAUCUAGACUCGGGGGCUAACGGCGAGGUGCGCUGCUCACUCGAUGAGGGCGUCCCGUUCCGGCU